GUACCUUGGAUGAGCACACCAGAUGAUGGAAUUUCUCCCACAGACCGCAGCUACUCGACCAGGACUGUCUCCCUCAGAAAUUAGAUAAUAACUGCAGAGCAAGGAGACUAUACAGCAGGGGAGAUGUUCUGCGCGAAGCUGAAAGAGCUGAAGAUAUCUGGAGAGUGUCCAUUCUCCAGCGGCGCCAAAAAUAAUGAGCUCGGAGACUUUGAGGAGCGCUCAACUGACGCAGCGGAUUUAUUGCCUAUUUCUAAGGACGUGCACGGAAAAAUAGGGGAUGAUCUACCUCAACAGAAGACAAGCAGAGCCAAAGUUAACCUGCAUACACUUGGGGAGAGCAUACGAAAAUUGGUAUGUCCCGAGUUUCAAAGACUGCACACUGCCCUCCAACGAAUGAUGAAACUAUCAGAUCAAACCAGGGACUCUGAAAGUCCAAUAAUUUCUCACACAGACUGUCACAGUUGCACUGAUGAGCCGGAACAUUUAGUGGAAAUGAUGAACAUGUACUCAACCAAAACAGAAAUCCAGAUGGAAGAUUUGAAAGUUGCUCUUGGCGAGGAGCUCUUCAACAUGUGUUACGAGGAGGACAGACACAUUUUGAGGGUGGUGGGGGGAGCUCUCCACGACUUCCUCAACAGCUUCAAUGUCUUGUUGAAACAGAGCAGCACGCCGCCCAACCCGGACAGAGGAGAUUGUGUAAACCAAUCUUCGGUACUGUGCUUAGACAAGGAUGCAGGUCUGCUUACUGUCUAUUUCUUCAAUCCCCGCCCGACCACUGAGCUCUUCUUCCCUGGAGUCAUCAAAGCUGCUGCCCGCCUGCUGUAUCACACCACUGUGGAUGUGUUGAUUGACCCCGGUGGGGCAAAAGACAGCAUCUUGCAGUUCAGCCCGGAGUCGAGUCUUCUGUACACAGUUGUGGUAAAGGAUGCUAAACAUCUGAGCCCCAGUCCGCUGCGGGCUACCUCAGCUGGGACCCUUCCUAGCUCUCUGUUCUCCACCAUCUUCCCUUUCCAUCUGAUUCUGGACCAGGACUUGGUUCUGGUACAAAUAGGACACGGGCUCAGGAAGAGGCUGCUCAAGAAGGACGGACUGAGGAGGUCCUCUGCCUUCCAAGAAAAUUUUUCUAUUGUCUCUCCCCAGAUCAAAUGUAGCUUUCAAGGUAUUCUGACCAUGCUCAACACUCAGUUUAUCAUUCGGAUCAAGCAUGAAGUCUCCAUCACAGAUAACACAGGGAAGCUCAUGGACCUCAAGGGUCAGAUGAUCUAUGUUUCAGAGUCCAACGUCAUCUUGUUCUUGGGCUCACCGUGUGUGGACAAGCUGGAGGAGCUAACAGGCCGCGGCCUCUACCUGUCAGACAUCCCUAUUCAUAACGCACUGCGUGAUGUAGUGCUGGUGGGUGAACAGGCCAAAGCCCAGGAUGGUUUGAAGAAGCGUCUGGGGAAGGCCAAGGCAGCCUUAGAGCACGCUCACCAUGCACUGGAGGAGGAGAAGAAGAAGACAGUUGACCUCCUCUUCUCCAUAUUUCCUGGAACUGUGGCACAGCAGCUGUGGCAGGGCCAAACAGUGCGGGCCAAGAAGUUUGACCGAGUCACAAUGCUCUUCUCUGACAUUGUAGGCUUCACUGCCGUUUGCUCGCGCUGUACCCCGAUGCAAGUGAUAACCAUGCUCAGUGAGUUGUACACCCGGUUUGACCACGAGUGUGGAGAGCUUGACGUUUAUAAGGUGGAGACCAUUGGUGAUGCGUACUGUGUAGCUGGUGGCCUACACAAGGAGAGCGAGACUCAUGCUGUCCAAAUUGCACUUAUGGCCUUAAAGAUGAUGGAGCUUUCAAACGAAGUUAUGACGCCAACUGGAGAACAAAUACAGAUGCGUAUUGGCCUCCACACUGGUUCUGUACUGGCUGGUGUGGUUGGGGUGAGGAUGCCGCGCUACUGCCUUUUCGGGAACAAUGUCACAAUGGCCAACAAGUUUGAAUCCUGCAGCCUGCCGAGUAAAAUCCACAUCAGCCCAACAACCCACAGAUUGCUAAAGGAUCGGCCAGAGUUUGUCUUUGUCCCCAGGAGUCGACAGGAGCUUCCGGCCAACUUCCCAGAAGACAUCCCUGGUGUUUGUUACUUUUUGGAGGCGCCCUUCAAAAUUGACGCUGAGAGGAAGUCAAGCUGCUAAAGAGCCCAAAAACGUUAGAUAUGACGAAAUGUAAACGUAUACAUUGAACACAGUGCAAGCACUGUGUAUAUUUUGGUUGAGGUUGUUUAGAUAUUGAUGAUAUUGUCAAGCCUUUAAGUCAAACUCUUGGAGCUGCUUAAUUACAGACAUGUCAGUUUGCUGUCAAACAUGAGUCUUUUGUCUGUACAAAUACCCAUUUGUACAGUUGUAGCGCAGAGAAAUACUCACUUCCUUUAUGUUUCUUCCAGAAUUAGUCAGCUCUGCAUAUAGAUAUGAUGUAAAAAGUGGCUUUCUUCGACUGUUCUGUCAAUUUGAACAUUUAUUAAGAGAUACAACAUACAUAAAACAUGUGCUGAAUGUGACCAAAAUGGUAUUCUAUUGUUCAUGGCAAGUCCGUAGAUGAUUCUGGUUUUCUGUAAAGAAUUACAUAUGUUGUCUUGUAAUAUGACAGAGAAAUACAUUUUGAUCUUCAAAGAUAUGUUGCUAAACAAAUUGGUUUAUUUUAUUAUUUUCUGUACAUAUCUUGCUGGUCCAUUCAUACCUGUCUAUAACUGCUGGAAGCACCUUGGACUGUUUGUACGGAAGAAGAAAUCAAGAUUAAAACUCAGAUGACUGUGUGUUUCAGUGGAAAAUGUAAGGAAAAAUUAUUUGAAAAAGCUGAAGCAAAUGAUACAAUUAUUCAAAGAUUUAGGAGACAUACAGCCUUCUUAAACUGAGAUUCAUUCCUCUAAUCAAAUGAUGUGAUGCAGAACAGAUUUAGGUGCCUUAUGGGAACUAUCCAUGUGGGAUCACAGAUGUUUCAUGUUAGUUCUCUCUGCUUUUUGUUGUUGUUGACAUGGUUUAAUAUUAAUUUACAUGUCAAUUUAUUCCACAAGAUUGGGGGUCAAACUCCAUAUAUAUUUGUAAUAACAUGUAACUGAGACUUCCAUUUAUUAGACAUAGUGUUCAAAGAUAGUGUUUUCCUAAUACAAGUAAAAUACAUGUAUGUUUUACUCCCCCUCCCCCCCCCCCCCCCCCCAUUGUAGAGAUGUUUAUACUGUAUAACGUUGGGUUCAUAGUA